UCACGUGGGGGCGCUGUCUCGAGCUGAACUCCAUCCUGUCCAGCAGCUGCGUUGCCUACGUCACCACAUUUCACCGAAUGCGAUUGAACAGCGUGGAAAAUCGUAAAGGUGCUCUUCAGAAACACUGCCACAUGCAUGUAGGUUGAGUGAAAAGUUAAGCAAACUGUAUGUUUGUGCCUCACUCUCUAAGUUACUCGUAGACGGACACACAGGUCGCUGUAGCUAGCGGUGGCUAAGAGGUUACCGGCUGACUUAAUACUGAGGUGCUUGGUUGGUUUCUUUUGUCGGUUUGUGGUCAGCUUGUGUGAUGCUGAAAUCCAUGUUUAGAUCCAUAAUGAGAGAAGCUGCUGUGCUGCUCACACCGUGUGUGGUCCUGGGUCUCCUCCUGAGCCUCAGCCAGGCAGCCCGACAAGGACAGGACAUCAGAUGUGGAGCCUGCAGGGCUCUGGUGGAUGAGAUGGAGUGGGCCAUUUCUCAGAUAGAUCCAAAGAAAAUGGUCCAAACUGGCUCCUUCAGGAUCAACCCGGACGGCAGCCAGUCCAUCAGAGAGGUUCCUCUGGCUCGCUCCGAGGGACACCUCCUGGAGCUGAUGGAGAGUGUGUGCGAGAGGAUGGAGGACUACGGGGAGCAAACGGAUCCUUCCACAAACAGGAAGUUCUACAUACGGAUCAAAUCUCGGACCAGUGGGGCCAUGGACCUCUCAGAUGCCGCACUGGAUUCAAGAGUUACAGCCAGUUUAAAAUUUGCAUGUGAAACGAUUGUUGAGCAGCAUGAAGAUGAAAUCAUCGAGUUCUUUGCCCAUGAGACAGAUAACGUCAAAGACAAACUCUGCAGCAAGAGGACAGACCUCUGUGAUCAUGCUCUGAAAAUGCCCCGUGAUGAACUUUGAUAUCAUCUCGCCAUCGUCUCUCCUCAGCUGAAAUAGAGACCUUAGGUGCUAUAAUAUAUUCACUUAUAACUUAUAGCUGGCUUAUGCCAUGACAGUGGUGCAGGAUGUAUACAAAUCCUUAAAAUCGGUAAUGUAAUAGAGAAUCCACCUUGAAACAAAAAGUUAUUCUUGUGACCAUGGAGAUUUUUUUGCCACAUCUCUUUAGACUGUCUUAUCACUUGUUUACAUACUGAAAGUUAAUAUACUUUUCAAGAACCUUUGUUUCAUAUGAAAACUGUUGUCUUCAAAUGUUCAUCAGAUUAAACUGAAACUGUGAAACUGCAAAAUGACAUUCUCAGUAGAUAGUAAGACUGAUUUUCUACUUACACUUCAGUUCCAGCUUUAGUUUAUAGUACUCACCAAUAUUUAAUAAACUACCCAAGAUCACGGGAAUAACUGAUGCCAAUUAUGUUUUUGUGGUUAGGUAAAACAAAUAAUGGUCAUGGUCACAAUUGGGUACAUGAUAUAAGAUCAGGAAAGAAGAUGAUUUUAGAUUUAACCAAAACACUUCACUGUAGGGCAAAUGACAAUAUGUGCCUUUAUAGCAGAACAGAGGAGGUAGUGUCACAUGGCUCAAAGGACAGAUUCUUGUAUUGAACAGCAGAGGAACCUCAGGACUGUUAUUGCUGUUGUGAAAUUAAUUAUAAUUACUGGAACUGGCAAUUCUGAAAAACACCAUCCUUUCCCUUGUGUGAUAUUAUUAAUUCAGAUGUAAUUUUGUAGCUUCUGGUGUCCUAAACACUCCAAUGGACUUUUAUUUGUGUGGUAAUUUACAUACCAUUUGGACAGUGAUACAUAAACGGUUAGAAUCUGCUUAGAUUUCAGUUACUUAAAUACUGACUUGUAAAAAGUCUGAAAUGUUGCGAACAGUAUGGAUUAGUAGUAACAGGAAACUCGUCUGAAAGAGAUCUACCUUCACUUCAUACUGACCAUCAAAUCCAAAGCCAAAAAGUAUUGUUAUAAGCAUGAAUUGAUAGUUGGUCAGUCGUAGCUUCAGGAGUACACUAACCCUAUGUAGAAAUAUCAUGAUAUUUGCUGU